GCUGCCCGCGCCCAUGCUGUUUACUGCUACACAUUGCAGACGGUGAUGCGGCGAGCAGUGGGUGUGCGCUUCUAAAGACCGCCGCCGUUGGUGAGAAGAGGAGCUUCGUCCAAACAGCAAGUGACUAAAGCAGAACCACGCGCUGCGGAUAAUGUGUUUUUACUCCCUGCCGUUCUCCAUCCUCUCUCGGUUAAAAGCGACGGAAUCAUCGGAAAGACCCUGAACGCUUAGAUAUUUAUUUCCCCAACCACACAAGUGCCAGAAGACUAAAGAUGAAAUUUCCGACUGAGAAUCCAAGAAAACCGGGGAACAUGAACCCUCCACCAGUGGCAGUCCAGACCAACCUGGUUCCACCAAAGAAGGUGCAGCCAGGCAUGCUUCAGUCCAGCCUGGUGCACGCCAGUGUGGCCACUAUGCAGAACCCGAUGGGCUGCGUUCUGCCUAGGCUGUCCGUCUCCUCCCGUCCCCCCAGCGUGGUGACCAGCAUGGAGGCAGUGGCUGAUGGUUCAGCUCCCUUCACCAUGAUGAAGCUGAAGACGGUGCUAGCUGUGUUCGUGGUGGUGGUGGCCUACCUGGUAGCAGGGGGUUUGGUAUUUCGAGCACUGGAGCAACCCUUUGAAAAUAACCAGAAGAUCACCAUCACAGCAGAGAAGGCUGCUUUCCUGCUGAAACAUCCCUGUGUGUCCUCAGAAGACUUGGAGGCUAUCAUCAAGCACUCUGUGGAGGCUGUGAAUGCUGGAGUGAAUCCUGUUGGUGAUACCUCCUACAACUCAAGCCACUGGGAUCUGGGUAGUGCCUUCUUCUUUGCUGGAACUGUCAUCACCACUAUAGGAUAUGGUAACAUUGCCCCAAGCACCGAGGGAGGCAAGAUUUUCUGCAUUCUGUAUGCAAUAUUUGGCAUCCCGCUGUUUGGAUUUCUCCUGGCAGGUGUUGGGGACCAGCUAGGUACCAUAUUUGUCAAAAGCAUUGCCAAAGUGGAGAAAAUGUUUCGGAAUAAACAAAACCAGAUCAGUCAGACUAAAAUCCGGGUGGCGUCCACCCUCCUCUUCAUUCUGGCCGGCUGCAUCUUGUUUGUCACCAUCCCAGCUGUGAUCUUCAAACACAUUGAGGGCUGGACAGCUCUGGAGUCUACCUAUUUUGUCGUCAUUACACUGACAACAGUUGGAAUAGGCGAUUAUGUGGCAGGUGGCGAUCGGAGAAUUGAGUACCGAAAGUGGUACAGGCCACUAGUGUGGUUCUGGAUCUUGGGUGGCCUGGCCUAUUUUGCUGCAGUGUUGAACAUGAUCGGUGACUGGCUGAGGGUGCUGUCCAAAAAGACGAAAGAAGAGGUUGGAGAGAUCAAGGCUCAUGCAGCAGAGUGGAAAGCAAAUGUUCGAGCAGAGCUCCGAGAGACACGUCGGCGCAUGAGUGUAGAAGUCCACGACAAGCUACAGCGAGCUGCCACCAUCCGCAGCAUGGAGAGACGGCAGCUGGGCCUGGACCAGCGCGCCGUGUCCUUGGACAUGCUUUCCCCAGAACGGCGUGCCAUCUUCAACAGCCUGGAUGCCAACAACUAUAAGACUUCUUCCCAGGAGAGUAUUGACACCAAGCUAAACAACCUUCGACUGCGAGGGGCUGAGCAAUGUGACCAGCGCUCCACCCAUCAAACCAUGUCUGAGGACAACAUUUUUAACCGCCUUGGCUCUGUCACCAAGCUGGCCAAGCGUAACAGGAAUAGAGACCUGAAGAAGAACAUUCCAGACGAAGCUCGCCGGCCUCAUAGUGAAGCGUAUGGCUACACAUCUACUUUUGACUGCAGCACACCUACUGCAGAUGAAGGGAAAAGGAAAGAUGAAGGAGAGGAUGAAAAUGAAGACAAAAAAUGCAACACCAGCUUGUCUGAUUUUUCACUAUUUGUGGAAGCUUGCAAGCCACAGAAUGGGCUUCUGUUGGAGCAGACCAAAGAGAAUGAGAAUGACAAAAUACAUGAUACAGAAGAGCUCCAUAUUGAGAUGGGCCUGUAGACUCUGCAUAAUCCUACAGAUAGUUCUUAGAUGCCACCAUUAGUGCCUUAGGUCUCUCUUGUUCUUGUGUGUGCUUAAGCGGGGACAGAACCUGCUCCUUUUGCUAAAUACGGUAAUGUUGACGUAUUCAAUGAGCUCUGUAGAUCUGAUGGACACAUAUUACUGUGUAUAAAUGUAAGACUUGGAAAGGUUUCUGCCAUUAUUUCUCUCAGUUAUGAUAAUACUGUGCUCAGCUGUCAUCAGUGUUAUAAA